AGAGGUUUGGUUGAAGAAGGUGCUUACCUUGCUGUCUGCCUAUGUCUUACUCACGGGAGUAGCAGGGGAAGUCAGGUUCAGGGCAUGCAGGCCCGGCACAGGCAGAAACUCACUUUCUAGUUUGGUUUGGAGAUAGGGUCUUUUUUAGCUUCAUGAUCCUCCUGCCUACACCUUCCCAGUGCUAGAGUUAAAAAUGGGCACCAGUGUGCCCAGCUUCUGAGGGCCCCUUUCCUGGUCCAGGCUGGGGUAUUUUCAUCCUGGCAGGUACGGAGCUGCCGCCUAAGGAUCACAGCCCACUACUACACUGCUUUUCCUGGAUCUCAGUUUCUCUUCUCUGUUAAUCUCAUCUUUGCCACAGCCAGUGAUGUUCCUGGGCACAGCCAGGCAGGGUAAAGGUACAGGGCAGUAAGGCCACUUUUACACUUGGGCCUCUUACGGGCCUGUUGGACCCGCUCACAGUCAGUGUGUGCUGUGUGUGUUUGCUCUUCCGUUAUUCCAUUCACCAAUCUCUGGAACCAACGUUUGCUGCAUGGAUUUUUCUAGACGCUACAUAUACAAGACAUCCAGGCCCCUGAAGAGACACAAACACACUUGCCUGCACUGACCCCAGCCCCUACUACCAGCCUUCCCUCAGUUCCCUGAAGGUAGGCAGAGACAGGCUGCCCGUGCAUCAGGCCCCUUGCCAACCAUCUUGGGAUACCCACUCUCCUCAACUGCUUUCAUCGUGUGCCUCCAUCUCUCCCACAGGACUGAAUGAGGCUCCCCUCCGUUACUUGCUACAAAGGGCUGAGCCUAGUGCCCGCAGUCAGAGUUCUCAAUCUGAAAAUGCCCCCACUGUUGUGGGCCGUACUGUUAGUAAUCUGCUCAGCUACUUACCUGACCAGUCAGGAUGCCCUGAGAAGCCCUCACCCCCACCACACACCCGAACCUACGGUGGGAGUCCUGGGGAGCCAUGGGGAGCUGUGCUCCACAGCAACAUCUACACGGGCUUUGCUUGCCUACCACCUGCCUUGGCUCAACCCAGAUGGUACCUUGUGGACCAGGCUUACAACAAAAGGGCUGGACUAGUGCCCGAUUCCUGUCCUGAAGUCUGUGGGACCUGUUUCGGUGCCACCCCUUUUCAGUAACUUCCCUUUGGAGGUACACGAGGACUGAUGAAUUUUCUGCUAUGUGUGACCACCCACCCCACACCAGACUCCUCCCCAGAAUCUCGUUUACCCGUCAUGAUUUGUAGGAACCAUAGCUGACUCUACUCCGUGUCUGAGGCCUUGAGAGGUUGGUUGAACCUUGGCCAAGAUUAAGCACCUAAUUAGUGGCAGGCCAAGAUUCAAAUUUCCCCUCUGUGCACCUUUAAGCACCUUCUAAGCAUUCUUUGGUUAAAGCACUAGCCCUGUUUUGCAGCUGGGAAGCUGAGCCCAGAAGAGGUCAUGAAAAUGAAUAGAGGCCAGAUUCUCCGGAGCUGGGGCGGUCCAGGGGAAGAACGCAGCUUUGGUGUAAUGAGGUCACUUGUGAGCUCACAAUGCAGUUCACUUGUUGGAGCGGGGCCAAACGGGACCCCUGGGUAGAGGGCAGGGCCGAGGCAGCAUGGGCAGUGGCCUCUAGUGACCAGUCCUACCAUGGGAAACAGCAUUUCCCACAAGAGGACCAAAGCACCCAGUCAGGCCAGCAAGGACAGGCCGCCUGACAUGGACAAGGCCCGUCACAAGCAGUUCUUCAGCCACCUCAAGCGGAAAAAGCCAAGUCACAUCACUUUCCCCUUCUUUCAAUGGCGUGAGGCCCCUGACUCCGCCCGGGUGGGUGAGAACCUCCGCAUCAAGGCUGGGAAAACCAAGAUCGUACUGCUUUUCCCGCUGGACAAGCGGCAGCAGCUGGCCGAGGCAGCAGCGUGCCCGUGUGCGCGGCCCGGGCGGCCGGCUGAGGAUGCGCUCGGCGCCCCGACAUGCUUCCCAGCGGUGGCGCCCAUGCUGCGUGGCGCAGGCGACGGCGUGGACAGGCGCGAAGGCGCGCGCGCCGGGGAGAUGAAAAGGAUCCUGGUGCUGUUGCUGCAGCUGGAAGCACGGCUGCAGGAGGAAGGGCGUCGCGCGGCUGGCGGGCGGGGGGGCGGGGCCAAGGCCCAGCAGGGCUGGCAGCCGCUGUACGCUCAACUGCUGACCCACCACGAGGUCUGCAGCGAAGGCGACCCCCGCGAGGAGCAGCCGCGCAAGCGGCGCCGCUGCCCUCGCCCGCGGUCCUGAGUGCUUGGCACGGC